AAAUGGUACAUGGGUUCCAGCAAGGUGAAACUAACCUUGAAGAAGGCUGAGGACGUGGAGAAGCUCCUAACCAUGGCCUGAGUUGGACUGACCAAAUACCUUGCUGAAAUAAAACCGUGGGAGAGCCUGAAGCAUGACCUUUUGCUUGGACCUUGGACCAAAGUUGGAUGGGAAAAAUAAAAAAAUAAAACGGGCAGGGCAAGGGAGCCCGCGGCAGCCCCGGCACGGGGGCAGUGUGUGUGUGCGGGGGGUGCCCCGCCGCCCCCCGCCGCACCGCCCCGCACCGCAGCCUGCGGGCGCUGAGCGCGAUGCGCCCCGGGCUCAGCUCUGCGGAAUAGCGCGGCCGCCGCUCGCUGUCCGCGGGCCGGGGGCGGACGGACCCGACCGCUGGCAAUUCCCUAUUGAUGUCCAUGAAUGCAAACACCAUGAUUUUCAUGAUCCUGGGCGCCUCUAUCGUUAUGAGUUGACCAGAUGCCUUGGUUAUGGGCUCUUACAGGCAAUAGCUUGCUUGAUGGACAUGAAUGCGUUGUUGGACAGAUUUCACAAUUACAUCUUACCGCAUCUGAGAGGGGAAGACCGAGUUUGUCACUGCAACUGUGGAAGGCAUCAUGUCCAUUAUGUUAUUCCAUAUGAUGGGGAUCAGUCAGUGGUGGACUCCUCGGAGAAUUACUUUGUGACUGACAAUGUAACCAAGCAAGAGAUUGAUCUGAUGCUGGGACUUUUGCUGGGCUUUUGUAUAAGCUGGUUUCUGGUGUGGAUGGAUGGGGUUCUCCAUUAUGCAGUGCGAGCCUGGAGAACUAGCCGACGGUAUGACAAUUCGUGGUCAUGGAUUCCAAAAUUUUGUAACUUAAAGGAGUUCAGAAAACGUCAUCACAGGCAGUAUGAGGAGGCGACUGGGAACAUGGUGCACAUCAAACAGAAGCUGUACCAUAACGGGCACCCUAGCCCGCGGCACCUCUGAGGAAUGCCUUCCCCUCCAGAGACUGCAGUGAGGUUUUAAAAAAGACUUUGCUCUUCUUCCAGGGGAACAGCUACUAGUUUGCUCCUCUGUGGAAGCCAGCCGAGGACACAAUUUUACUUAUCCAUCCUGUGUGUCCCUGUGGCACACCAUGAUGCACAACUAAGCCAGUCCUGGAUGCUACGCAGCCAAGACAUUGCACUGUGUUCCACAUUUUAUUGUCAGACUUGUGUAUAUAUGUAAAAAGCAGACAAACAAAAACGAGAAAAGAGAUUUGCAUUAUACUUUCAACAACACACCCACCCCCCCACCCCCCCCCUUUUUCCUGGCAUUCACGGCUGUCCUGCACAUCCAGCUACCCUACAGGGAGUGUUGGCCAAGGGUAUGGAGGUGGGACAACAUGAAGAAGAUGCAGUUUUUCAUCCAGGAGCUCGAGUCCCUUGUUUCUUUGGUCCCUUGGCUUGGUUUUGCUCUGCUCUGUUCCUUCCGCUGCUAGAAUGGUUUGGCUGGUCACAGGUUUGGCUGGGGACUGCUGCCAGCUGGUUGUGAAGGCACAGUGCCCCUUUUGCUUUGGUUCAUGUUUUUGGGAGUUGCUGUGGGGGAAGGAAGUCCUGGGAAUAUGUAACUGAUUUGUUGUUUGCAUUGCUAUACACUGAAACCUGCCUUAAGCAAUCCAAGAAAUCUUAGUACCAGGGGAACAGUACCAUAAGGUAUCAGUCCAUUUAACAGGUCUGGUGCUGCCUGGUUUACACCACUUUUAUACUGGUGGUACCUUGCUGAUGUCAGUGCUGUUAUUCUUCCCUAAUGCUAGAGAGGAGUUGCUCCUGAUACGUGGGGAGAAGUGUAUCGAGUUGAAUGGUGUUAGAUCUGACUUGCACCCUGAUCAUACCCCUCUGCUGCAUAAACACCACCCACCCCUUGCCUGGGAGGAAGGGAGCUGCUCUCCCCCUUCUCAGAGGGCGAGCCUGAGGCCCUGAUUAAUACCCCCUGAGAAACACUGACAACGCAGUGAGAGGGUCCUGUUAACAGUCUCACUCUUCCUGCCCAUGAACAGCCACCUCUCUUCUUCUGUUACUGCUCCGAGCUGAAAUAGCACUUCAGCAGCAGCCUGGGCUUGGCUUGAGGACCACAGAGAGAUGUGGGCCUGAAGCCAAACUCAUCUACAGAGUCCAAUGUCCCAAUAAUGGGUUGAAUCAAAGUAUGAGGAUGCCCUAACAUGGUUUUGCCUUUGCUUCCCCUGGUCACAGCUUAGGUGUGGGUUUCAGGGUAGCUACCAAGUGUCUGAAACCAACCUCCACACCCAGACACCACCUCCACUUCCAGGCAGAGUUGCCUGAAGGAGUUGAUAAAGCCCGUGGUGCACCUGGACAGUGCAGUGGGAUCCUGUUCCUCUGGCAGUCAUUUUCUGCUGGGGGAGAGAAGCAAAUGUGCACAGACUGCCUUGCUUUUGCACAUGCUGGGCAGCAGUCAGCAGUGGCCCAAGAGAGACUUCUACUGAGAGGAGUAAGGGAGGGAGAUGCUAGCCCCAAGGAUUCAAGGUGGUAGCCCUGAAACUCAAUCAUUUCUCCUUCAUUCAUCAUUUUGUACUGAGUGGGCUUGUGCUUAAAUGAGGAAAACAUCCAGAACAAAAGGAUGAUGAAUAUUAUCAGAAACUGCUAUUUUCUUCUAUGACUUACUUGAUUCUGUCAAUGGCCUCCAAUUGUUUGAUCACAAUGUCUGUGAAGGGAAAAGGACAUCAUGAUUCCCUGCUCUUCUCCUUCCCCAUUCAGCUUUUGUGUCUUAGUUUGUUUUUUUUUUUUCAUUGUUUCCUAUGCCCAGGAUCAGUUCAGUUAUUGACAAACCCCAAAGCUGCCCAGAAGCCAAACCUACCCGUUUCUCUGCCAUUCCUACCUUUGCUCUUCCCUAGUGCCUCUUGUCUUGGAGCCCCAGUUUCUGCCUGGGCCUAAAUACUUGCCCGGUCUAUACUUAUGUCUGUCUGCUUGACUGUCUGUCAUUCAGGACUUCCUAUGGUUGUAAUGUCUGCAGCCACCUGUUAGUAUCUAAAGAAAGACUUUUCCUUAAGCAGCUCCUUUCCAAGCCACAUGGCUUUGCAGCCUCCCUCCCUGUAUGAGCUUUGGGUGUUUGACUGUGUGGACUCAUCCUCAGGCUGCUCACUUCAGAGGAGUCUUACUCUGAGAGCGCCCGAUGAGCUCUGGCCAAGCCACAGUUGGGGUUGCCCUUGGGUGACAGCACACCCUUAACUGGCAGCAAGGAAUAGGUACCGUGGUGUAAAACAGGUACAUGUCAUGGACAUGUCUUCAGCUGGGACAACAUUUUGCAGGGGAGAAAAUUCCAUCAUGAUAAGGACAAAGACUGAGUUGCUGGAACUAGUUAUGGGAAAAAAAGCACUUUAAAUAAUCUUUCCACUUGGAACCUGUCACAAGAGAGACUAAAGGCAGUGACCUAAACUCAGACUGAAUUGAAAGUCUGGUUCUGCCCUGCUCUAGCAACUGACCUUAGUUGAAAUAUCAUUAAAUAUGAACCUUACAGCUGCAAAGAGGGAAGUGAUGGCUCACAUUGAUUAAGUCUGAUUCACACCAGAAUUUCAGAAAAAUCUGAGGCUCUGGAAGAGCAAAAAAAAAAUUCCUACUUGGUACAUAGCCCCAUUGUUUAAGAACAGACUUUUCUUUAAUCUGCUGUGUCUGCAGCUAUUACCUUGUGAGCCUAGCUCUUGUUAACACUUAGUCAAAAAUUAAGACAAAAUGCAUUCUCAGUGCAAUUAAAUUUAUGAGGAAUAACUCACUGGUCUUAAAUCCAAGGAAACCAGGAAUACCCUCAUAGAGCAAUGUUUGUCCCAGCACACGCUAAACCAGUGGGAUUAAUCCUGGGGAACUGACUAGGCCUUUAUUAAGGAUGAGAAUUAACUAAGGGGCAAAGUUCCUUCCCAUGCAGUAAGGCCAGGUCCUAUUCCUGACCCAUGAGAUCUGGUGCAUCCUCUGUGCAGGGGUGAUUUCAACGACUGUUUUUCCCAACAGCCAAAUGUCUGCCACAUCUCCUCUUUGGGGGAAUGAGAUUACAAGCCCCCACAGAGAAGCAGAAGGUCAAAGAGGCAGCUGGGUGUUGAGUAUGGCAGAACCCCAGUACCAGCGAUGUCUUGCCCCACGCAGCACAUGCUCUCUCUGCUUGACAGCGACACUCCUGUCCCUGUCCCGUCCCCUCAGCUGGCUCUGCUCGAGGUGUGAGCCUUACCAACAAUGUCUGACUUCGUGGUCUCUUGUUCCUCUGUCCAAGUGAGGUUGCUCCUGUUGCUCGCAGCUCAGUUGUCUGUAAAGUCUGCUGUUGCACUGUCUUCUUCUCCUGUGCAUGUGUUCGUUUUGCUUUUGUCUAGUUGUGAGGGUGUUUUCUCCUUGUUUAAUUGUCUGAGAUGUACUAGUGUUGACUUGUCUGUUGUUCUCUUGCCUCUGAUCCAGUCUUCACACACAAAACAAAACAAAACAAAACAAAACAGAAAAACAACAGAUCCAAACA